AAACAUUCCACCACUACGUUCAUUUCACUCUCAAACACUCUCAAUCGAGAGCCUGAACAUCAAAGCUGAUCAGAAAAAGAAAACCCGCAACCAUGGCCCCCGAACAAAAAAGCGACAUCUCAAUCCGCCACUCCAUCCGCUGGAUCCCCAGCUCCUCUCCUUCCUCCAGCAGCGACACUUCCCCACCUUCGGAGCCAACCUCAACCAUUGUCCUCACCUCUCCCAGCGGCCGCUUCGUCGAUCUGCGUAUUUUCAAAGAAGAUCCUUCCUCGCCCAACCACACCUCCGUUUUCAUCAAUCUCAACUCCCACACUGGGUCCGAAACCGAAGCCGACGAGGCCAAAACUCUCCCCCUCUCCCGCCUGGACUGGGCCAUAGCCGGCACUUCCACGCACACCUCCACCCGCCCUACCAUCGGUUAUUAUGGGCAAAAAUUGAUUCUGCCUGAUGGGCGCACGGUCAAUGGGACGACCGCGGAUUUGAAGAGCGGGAAGCACCCGUAUAUGAGGGGAAGAUGGACGCAUUGGGUUGAUUCUAGGGUUUUGCACGCUGAGGAGAAAAUCAGUGCUGAGGCGGGGGAUAAUGGGUCAAGUACCGAUGAGGCGGCGGCUGAUGAGGGGGAUAUGUACCGGAUUCCUGGCGAGGGUAAUGAGAAGCUUGCGUUGGAAAAGGGGAGGAUGGUUAACCCCGAGAGUGGGCAAGAGGAGGAGUAUGAGGAGGUUUGGGUACCGGAUGAGGAAGGGGUGGCGGAGCCUCCGUAUGUGGAUUGUGUUGUGUGGGAGUUGGAUGAUAAGUUGAAGAAUAAGAAGGGGAGGGUUGUGAAGGUGGGAAGGUGGGCUCAGGGGAUUUCGAGGAGGGGAAAUGAGUUGUUGUGUGAGCGGUGGAAGUGGGUGGGUGGUGAGAAUGAACAGAGUGGAUGGAGGUUGGAGGCGAGAGUUAAGGGUUAUGUGGGUGGCGAGGAGAAACGGAAAGUGGAUGAGAAGGAUGGGAGUUACCUGGAUGAACCCCUGGUGUUUCCGAGGGCGCUCAUUGAUGAUAUGAUCAGCGUGGGAGAGGCAGGAAAUACGAAGGAAGUUGGGGACGCGGUCAAAGAAAGUAACGGUGAUGUGUGGACGCUGGUGGAGUGGUGUCCUUGAAAGGCUGAUGAUCUGUUUAUAUGUGUGGUAUUACCUUGAGGCAGAAAGGGGUAUACUAUUUGGUGGUAUAGGGAAUUAUUACCAUUUUGGGGGUUUCUUCUACGAUGGUAAUAAUGAUACUUUGUCUUACAGCUGCCUCCUCUGGACGGCAACCAACCAUGAAUACCGUACAGAAAAUUACGGAUUACACCAUCUCAUGCAUCAUUGCAUCCCUCAUCCAAUGUCUGGGCUUUAUCUUAAGGUAUCAACUGCUCAGCAUCUUCAAAGCCGAAAAACAAUACAUCCCCAAUGACGCUUAUUCUAGGAGGUUUACAUCCAUGGAGGCAGGAGAGGGGGUUUGAUACGCUAGUUA